GUACAUAAGAGUGAAGUUUGCGGCUCUCCUGGGAGUCCAUUCCAUGUUCUGAAAUCUGGGCGGUGCUUUGUUCCGUUCCUUUGUCACUUGCAAACUACGCCCAGCUCUCUUGUUUUCAUCAGAAAUGGCCUUUCUUUUUCAGAAAUUUCAAGAGGCUGUCAAAACUCUUGCGAAAAAUCCCAUGUUUGCUAAGGAUCCAAGGAAACUGCAAUUUGAGGCAGACAUGAACCGGUUGUUCCUUUAUACCAGCUACAAUUGUUUGGGAAAGAAUGCUGAAGAGGCUGAUGUAGAGGAGAUCAUAGACAUGGCCACUAAAGCCUCUAUUGCUGAUCAAGAGAAGCUAGUCCAAGAAAAUGUUCAUUCCCAAAUUAAAAGCUUCUGCAAGUCUAUGGACAAAAUUCUUCUUCCUGAUACGGAAAAGAGAAACGAGCCAAUUGAGUUGCCUCAGCAAACGAAUGCUGCUUCUCGCAGGAGUGGCCUUAGUUUCGCUGUUGGUAGCAAUAUCUCAAAAACCAAUCAUCCGGCUGUACCAGAGACUAGGCCAUUAAAACGGAUUGAAGUGUCUAAGAGAAUUAAAGAUCUUAUUGGCUACACACUCAAUAUCAAACCCUCCGAGAUACCUCACAAGGAAGCUGGCCAGGGUUUGUUUCUAAAUGGCAAAGCUGAUGUAGGUUCUGUGAUAGCCAUUUACCCAGGUGUAAUAUAUUCCCCGGCUUAUUACCGUUACAUUCCCGGAUACCCAAGAGUAGAUGCACAAAACCCAUAUUUGAUCACGAGGUAUGAUGGGGCUGUGAUAAAUGCUCAACCUUGGGGUUUGGGGGAUGAAACCCGUGGGAUGUGGGACGCCGUAAGUGUUUCGAAGAUCAGACCUAAUGUGCAAGCUGAUGGGAAAGGUUCAGACAAGCUCUGGAGAAUCCUAAGUAAGCCAUUGGAAGGCAAACGAGUGGACUAUGGCGGUGAUGUUAUAGAGCGGAGAAAUCCAUUAGCCUUGGCUCAUUACGCCAACCACCCUGCAAAGGGUAUGGCUCCUAAUGUUAUGAUUUGCCCUUAUGACUUCCCAUUGACUGAGAAGGACAUGCGAGCUUAUAUUCCAAAUGUUGUAUUCGGGAAUUUAGACGAAUCAAAUAUGAAGAGGUUUGGAAGCUUUUGGUUCAAAUAUGGGAGCUCAAAGAUUGCUGGAUCGGACAUUCCACUUCUGAAGACACUUAUCUUGGUGGCUACAAGAGCUCUUGGUGAUGAAGAAGUGCUUUUGAACUACAGAUUGAGCAACCUGAGGCGUCGACCAGAAUGGUAUACUCCGGUGGAUGAAGACGAAGAUAAAAGGAGAUGGAGCUAAUUUCGGCCGGUAAAAAAUGCGUGUUGAUUAGGGAAAUAAUUCUUUUGUUGGGAGCAGCAAUUUUUCUGAGGCGUUUCAUUUUGUAGCUUUUUAUUCGGCAAGAUUUCUACAACAAAAGUUAGGCAAUAGCUUGAGGAAAAUCUUUUACAAAAAAUAAUGUCAUUAACCAUCCACAAAAUGACACUUGGCCCCACUAUUGCAGAGUUAUGUGGAACUUUGAUGUCGUAUCUUUUGGCAUUCCUCAAGAGAGCCUGUUAUUUGUUUGGAUGUCUUUAGGAUGGCAGUGGAAAUCU